CAAAGACAAUGACAUAUGCUAGCUAAAAGGCAACCAUGAAUGUGCGCCUUCGACAUUUAUACUCAAGAUGGCCUUGUAAGGCUACUCUUACCCCAAGAUUCACACCCCUAACCACCAAGCGUUGUCACGCGAGUGGCUCUCGAGAAGCAGCAUAUCCAGCACCUCGACCUCGAAGGGUAGUCUAUACCUCAAAAUCAGCUCUAUGGUCAUCACCCAUACACCCUAUUCUGCACUGCGCAUAUGAGGAAAAUUUCGAGGUCCCUAGCUCACACAAAAGAUUUCACGAUGAAGAAGUUGCGAGACUUCCGAAUACUAUACCUCUUUGGAAUGCACGAGAGGUUGCUCUUGAGUUGGUAGGAAAGGAAGCUUAUCAAACCUGUAUUAUGUGAGUGUUUUUGUGUGGAACACAGACAUCCACGUGCUGAUUCUCGAAUUCUAGGCCGAAUAUAUGGUUGAGGUGAGAAUGCUGCCCGUAGUUCAACGUGAAAUUAGCCUUAACUAUCUGCUCAGAGAAAACUGUCUUUGCAACGAAUGUAUAAACAGCGAUACGUUGCAAAGAGCUGUAGAUACCUUUUCCGUGGGUCCAGUUUUUUCACUGUCUAUUUACUCCGUUGCUGAUAUCAAUCAUCCUAGCUACCUCAAGACAUUCAACCCAGUAAAGUUGUAAUAGCAAAACAGGGCCUUCAAAUCACGUGUAAGAAAUCUCUCUUCCGAUGCCUUUUCUAGCUAACUCUUCUUAGGGCAGGAUGGUCAUCAAAGUCUCCAUCCCUGGGCUUGGAUUGAGAAUCAUAAAGGCUUGGAAAACAAUUUGAAUUAUAGGAUUAUUCACCGAAAGGAGGAAGACACGUCAGUCACAUCUUUGUUACUAGCAGUUCGUUCCCUAUACUGACUGAAAAUAGACGAGUGUAUUGGGGCGCUGAAAUCGCCGACAACCCGCCAUCAGUGCACUACGAUGAAAUCAUGGCAAGUGAUGUUGGCGUCGGAGUCUGGACAGAAAAGAUAGUGCGUAGAGCUUUUCAAAAGACUCAAAAAUACCAACUAACACCAUUCCAGCGAAAGUACGGAUUCUGUUACGUGGAUGGCUGUCCAGUUUCUCCAAAAAAGACAGAAGAGCUCCUCAGAAGAAUCUCAUUCAUCCGAGAAACCCACUACGGUACACUCACUCACCCAUUCUAGUCCUCAUUUCAUAACUAUCAACUUCGCUAACAAGAAUAAUAAAAAAGGCGGAUUCUACGACUUCACAUCCGACCUAACCAUGAAAGACACCGCCUACACCUCCCUCGCCCUCCCAGCUCACACAGACACAACAUACUUCAGUGACCCCGCAGGUCUCCAGAUGUUCCACCUGCUCUCCCACACAUCCGGCGAGGGCGGAACCUCCCUCCUAGUAGAUGGUUUCAAAGCCGCCCAUAUUUUGCAACAAGAGGAUAACAUUGCUUACGGAUUCCUGCGUACAUUCAAGCUCUCCGCCCACGCUAGUGGGAACGAGGGCAUAACCAUCACCCCAUCCAAGGAAUUUACGGUCAUUGAAGGGUUUAGGGUGGCCAAUACGCGGGAUCUUCUGAGGAUUCGGUGGAAUAAUGAUGAUCGAGUUACGCCACGACUGAGUCCAGCUACGGCGGGUUGGUAUAAAGCAGCAAGGAAGUUUAAUGAGAUUUUGAAGAGGAAGGAUAUGGAGUAUUGGGCUCAGUUGGAGCCUGGUAGACCUCUGAGUAUGUCCUUACCAUUUGUCUCAUCGUCCCCCUUGUUUUCCUAUAUAUGGAUUUAAGCUAAUACAAACCACCCAGUCUUCGACAACUGGCGCGUUCUUCAUGGUCGCUCAGCAUUCACAGGAACAAGAAGAAUAUGCGGUGGAUACAGUAAGCUAACCACCCCUUUUCACUCUCCGCCUUUAACACCAUUCUCCUUCCCCUACCCAAACUCCCAAAAAAGACUGCAACCCCUACCCACAACUCACAACUCCAUACUAACCCAAACCUCCCCCAACCAGUAAACCACGACGACUACAUCUCACGCUGGCGCAACACAAAUUUCACACGCUCCCGGAUCCUGCGACAUAUUCUCUAAUAACAUCUAACAAGCUCCUUGCUAUAUUUGCCCUCUCUCCCAUCUCUCAAUAAAAUGUCAGCAAUGAAGUACACUACAGUACAGGGACGCUGAAUACCAUCAGUGUACUGUACAGUACGUACCGGAAGAGAUAUUUGGUUUCAUACCUUGCAUGAGAGUUGAGAGUAAAAAGAAGCCAUAUAUGGGAGUAGUAGGUAAGGAGUUGGGACU